AACGAUGUCUGUGACUGUGAGCAAAGCCGACGGAGUCACUGUCCUCACGAUGGUUUCUGACCCAAAUGGUCGCUUGCCUCCUCUGUGUCAGGUCCUGAAGGCCCUCAGCCACAGCCUGGGGGGCUGUUCGGAGCCCCCACACAUGAAGCGGCUCCAGAGAGCCUCCCUGUUGGUACUUGGGACUUUGCACAUCAUGAUUGGGCUGCUGAGUAUUAGCCUGGGAAUCAUCCUCCAUUUCAGUGAAUCCUGGUGUGAGCUAACAGUCGUCCCCAGUUGUCCUUUUUGGUCGGGAAGUCUGUUUGCCGUAAUUGGCAUCAUUUGCAUUCUGUGUGAGAAGAAGCCAUGUCUGUAUCUGAUUCUUCCCAACAUGUUUCUGAACUUUGUUGGGAUCUUUGGAGCCGUUGGAGCCAUUUUCCUCUACAGCAUCAAUAUAUCUGGUUACUAUAGUGGCUGUGGAAGAGUUUAUGGUCCAUAUUAUCAUGAAUUCCCAAUCAGGGUUCUUUCUGAAGGCAUCAGCGGCGUGUUGAUCGCUCUGUCGGCCCUGGAGCUCUGCGUCGCCGUCAGCGCUCUCGCUUUGACAAUAAAAGUCCUGACAUGCUGCAAAAGAAACGAAAACCUGAGCUGCAGUGAACCAGAACAGACGACCAACCCAGGAAUCACAGAAGGUCCCUAUGAAAUUUGCAUCAUUUCUACCUGAUCGCAGAGCCGACAUGCAUGAUGUUCUGCACCAGUUGGUUCCCAUUGUUACUUCAGCUAUAAACACCAAUAAUGUGUGAAAUCAGAGAAAAUCCAACUGUGUUUCCUCUUGAAUCGUUAUCAGCUGACGGAAAACGCUGAGAAAAGGGAGAAACGGAUCAGAAAGUCGGGUGGAAAACUGCUGACAUGAAAUCUCUGGGUUGUUUUUCAUGAAGCUGAUCUUCCUCUUUCACACCAGGAGGUCAGUUUCCAGUGAACAGAACCAGAGGAAGUUCUGGUCAGGAGUUUUCCUCCGUUUUCUUUUCAAAAUGAAGACAUGAGUUAAAUCUGAUCUUUUGAAACAUUAUUUAAUAUUUAAUGUACAAGAAUUUUUGAUCACAAUUUUGUGAUGCAAACUGAGUUCAUGUUUGUUGUGAAUUUCAGAAAAAAAGACCCUGAAUUUUGGUUUGUAAUAUUUUUAACUGUAUGCAACUUAUUUAAUAAUUUCUUGUUGUGAGUUUUAGCAGCUUUGUGUCAGAAACUAUAUAUGAUUUUGGAGUCACUUUUUAAAUAUGCAUGUGAUCAGUUUAUAGUGAGUUUAACGGUAAGGCAGCAGGAAUCCAGAGUGAAGGAACCCACACAUGGACUGAGAAACGCUGCAAAGCAGCAACCCAAAAAUAUGUUCUUACAAUAUGUCCCAGAUGUCAAAGGCCCCGGGGCCACAUCUGGCCCCACCUGGCUUUUCAUGUGGCAUCUAGACUCCAGAUUACAUCUAUAAGUCCCUCCAGUUUUUCACAAAUCUGAAAAAUUCACACAAAAUCUAUCAGCUCCACAUUUUAUUCAGAUUUUACUGCAAAUUUCUGAAAUUGGUGAAAAACAUUUAGUUUAAGUGACUCAGUUUCACUUGAUAUCAAGCUAUCUUGGAUAAAAAUUAAAAUA